AUGACCACCGCCCAUCGUCCCACCUUCGACCCCGCCCGCGGCAAAGAAGCCCUUCGCGGUCCUGGAUACCACCAACGUCUACUGCCAGCCCACAAGACCCUCAAGUUCCGACAAGCAACCCAAGGAACCACCGACGAGCACUCAGCACGCGACCUCCGCGCCGAACUGCUCCGCGCCGAACGCCGCCACUUUGCCAAAAAGGAAGGUCGUGAAUUGUCUCCCGAAGAAGAAGAACAAGCAACACCACAACUCGCCAUCGAGCAAGGAAAGACUCUAAAGCGCAAUUUGGAGGAUGGAGAGGGGCAAGAGGGAGAUCAACAAGAGGAAGACUAUGAAGCCAAAAGGAGGAGGGUGUUAGAAGAGACGCGUGAUGUGGAUGCAGAUUCAGAUGAUGGUUCAGAAGAAGACUCUGAUUCUUCGGAUGAUGAAGACGAUGACGAUGAUGAGGAAGCAGAGCUGAUGCGCGAGUUGGCAAAGAUCAAGGCCGAACGUGCAGAAGCUGCUGCCAGAGAAGCUGCAGAACAAGCGGCAAAGGAGGAAGAACAGCAGAUGCGGGAUAUCGCUACUGGAAACCCACUCCUGAACAAGGGAGCAUACGACGUCAAGCGAAGAUGGGACGACGAUGUUGUCUUCAAAAACCAGGCCAGGGGAACAGAAGACAAGAAGGGCAAGGAGUUUGUCAACGACUUGCUGAGAUCAGACUUCCACAGACGUUUCAUGAGCAAAUACGUCCGUUAG